AUGUGGGUGAAUACAGGUACAAGAUGUGCUGCAGCUCAUUGCAGGAGAAGGUGUUUAUCAGCGGUGGUGUCUUCUUUUGUUAAGAAACCGGCACUGCUGUUCCCAGCGUUGAAUGAGGUUGCGCAAGAGGAUCUUAUUACAGCAAGUGAUCGUUUCGGCAAGGGUACUUACUUCAUUGAGAGAAGCGAGACAGGUAACCUCCCUGUUUAUUCGGAUUACAAAGGUGGCGGAAACAAAGUUAUAACCGAGAUCAGGAAGAUACGAGGUGACGCAGUGCAGUUGCGGAACGACUUACAGCCGUUGCUGCCGUUCAUCCCGCUGGAAAACUGGCGAGUGGCCAUGCAGUCCAAGAAGAUUAUCAUCAAGGGAGAUUACGUGAAGCAGGUCAAGCGCGUGCUCUCCAAAGUGAUAUGA